AUGCAUCUCUCCACUGCCAGCUAUAUUGCCGCAGCCAUUGCCGCAACCUGCUCAAGCGCAACAGCUUCAUUUGUUGAAAAGGAAGCCUAUUUGGCCAAAAUUGCUCCCGUAAUGGUCGACAGGAUCUCCAAGUAUCGGGCUAGCAAGGGCAGCUUGACAGAGGCUCAAGUCGCCGUUCUGGAGCAGGCGGAGAAGGUUGUGCGGAACUACGACGUAGACAAUAUUACGUCUCUGGAGAUUGCCUGCAAUGGCGCUUUCAGCAAAGACGAAUGCCGGAAGAUUCUUGCCGGCGAGUCCAAUGUCGCUUCACGGGCGUUCUAUUGCAAUUGUUCUGCUGAGAGUGACUACUGCCCCUACAUGCAAAGAUGCAUGAUCGGCGUCACGGACUGCACUUUUAGGCCACAUUCUUGCGGCACGCUAGGGUUAUACACUUGCACCGGCGUGUGUCGCAGGGCUUAA